AUGCUGGGGCCAUCACAGCCGAGGGCUGCUGACAAGUGGAACGAAAAGGUCGGGUCCUUCCGAGCCCAGAUGAUGUCGUCCAUCUUGGUAGGAUUCAUUCUUUUCCCUGAUGCGGUGCCGUGUUGUUGCUUGAGGUCGCCGGCGCUUAACGGCAUCCGCCAUGGACCAACACCACUCCCAAAUUCUCGGUUGCAAGAGAGAUUUGGAGUCAAGUGUGCCUCGCUGCUCGUCGUUGAUUCGCCAAUGGGUAUUUUACUUCUGAAGAUGGUAUGGGCUUUUUCUACGUUGUUGCUUCGCCCCUUUGACCUCCAUGUCCGCAUCUCGAAUCCGGAAGUUGACCUCUCAAACGGCCCCCUAAACCCCGGUCCCCUAGCGGCUGAGUGGAGAGGGAUCCACACCGGGCCCGAAACCGCGACCCGGAAAUGGGAGCCCGUUGAGGGCCCGGACCCCACUGCCGCAAGGCGAUGCUCCUGCAAAAGCUCACCACCAGACAUGGGAAAUGGAGAUAUUGCACAACACCACUCUCAGCCCGACCCGAGAGUUUGGUUUGAUGGUGUUUUCCUUGAGGCCUUUGAGGAGCACCUGGGUGUCAUGAUGGAAAACAUACCGGGUUCAUGGACUGUCACCCGGGCAUCGCACUACAACAAGUCAACAGCCACCAUGUGCAACUGGGAGCAAACCAAGUUCGAGGCGUGCAAGCACACCGAGACCAAGCGGAUGGCCUACUCGUGCGCCAUCUACACGAGGCACACCUAUGGAGAAUGCAAAUUCGAUCCCAAGAAGAGCAAGGUCUUUACCGUCAUCAGCUACGGCUACUGCAAGGAGUGCUCCGAGAUGUUCAACAAAUAUGUGAAUCUCUGAGCUGGUGGUUGUGGGUGGCAUUUGAUUUCGAUGGUUGUUUUACUAGUUUCUUUUCAACAUGGCACUUGAUGUGGUUUCGCUGCUGAGACGAUGCGCUCAUGCAGUUUUCCUUUUCCUUACUUUCCUUCGAGAUUACGGAAAGUCGACACACCUGCCGGCAAGAUCACCGCACAACCAUCGUUCACCGAUUUCUCUACUGGCCAAUUGACUGGUGAUCAAGAUCACUGCUCUCAGGUCCCGGAGGAGUGUUCCCGUCCGCGCGGUUGAUGUUACAAGGCCUGAUGGUAAGGAGUGGCUUGGAGAUAAGGGUGCGGGGUGAUGUGUACAAUCUUUUGAGAAUUUCUGGCUUUUGUCAAAGGGAGAUAAAGUUGAGUGGGUCAACAGAACAUCUACAAAUGGGAGAAGAGGUUCUGAGGUUGCGACGUGGGUGUGUGUCUUGUGUGCGUUUGGCUAGGUAGAGGUACUGUUUGGUGUUCUCUUCUUGUAUGUACUUUGUGUUCCCCCCUUUUUUUUUGCUUUUUCUUUUAUUUCCCUUUGUUUCGA